GCCUUCACCUGUCACCGUCUCCUGAGGGGAGGUGGGGGCCCAAGAAGAAAAGAAGCGGAAAUUCCCUCACGGCAAAAAUUGGAAGGGGGGAAGGAAAGAAAAAAAGGAAGGGAAGGAAGAGAGUUUUGGUUUCUUUCCACCUAACGUGGCGACGCUAUAUAUUUAUAUUUAAAAGGGUUUUGGGUUUUUUUUUAAAAAAAGAAAGUUUCGCCUCCCUCCAGACACUUCGUUCUAUAUAUAUAUAUAUUCUGAGAGGAAAGUGGUUUCUUCUCCUCUCUCCAGUUUCUUCGAAGACGUGGAAGAAGAAGAGACUCGUUUCUUUAUGAGGGAGGGAAAAAAUAUUUCAGUUCACUUCUCAUCCCAUAGACACUUUUUACUACCUUUUUUUAAAAGGAAAAGCUCUUCCGUCAACUUCAUCAUCUCGUUUCUCCAGUGUCUGAAGAAGGAAAAGGGGACACUCUUUCUUCUUGCCCAAAGGAAAGAAGGGAGAAAAAGUCUUUUCAGUUGCUGCUUACCAUAAAGAAAAAAAACCUAUCCUCUCUGCAAAUAUUUGUGGCCUAGAAGAUUAACCUGAGGAAUAACUCUCCCUUCGUUUUUUUUGGAAAGGGGACUUUUCAGUUCUUAAUACCCUCAACCCUUCACAGAUAAUUCAAUUGUUUUUUUUAAAAAAAUCAUAAUUACUUUUGGAGGAAUAGCCCUGGUUUUUCUCUGCCCUUUCCCCUUUCAGUGGCUGAAAAAGAGGUUCCUUAUACCUGUUUGAAGGUGGGGAAAAGGUUUGCUACUUUACUCCCUUAAAAACCAACCAAUCAACCGCCAUCCGCAGAUAUUCCUGGCACGAAGGAUUGACCUGAGGAAUUAAUUUUGUUUUUUAAAAAAGGGCUUUUCGGAGGGGGGCACAAGGAGGUCAUCCAUUCCUUUCCCUCUCUUUUUACCCAUCAGCAGCAAAAAGGACACUUCGGUGCACUUGAGUGCUUGGAUGAAGAUUUUUCUUUUUGGAGGCAGGCAGUUUGGAAAAGGGUUUUGCUCACUCAGCUCUAAGUGGUUCCUGCUUGGAACCUCUCUGUGCGUAAGAAAUAAAAGGGUGUUUGGGAGAGGGCUUUUUGGGGUGUGUGUGUGUGGAUGAGUUCAUCUUGAAGUUCAUCUCAUCACCUCCUAAAGUGUGCUUGUUUUUCACCCAUAUCUUUGGGGAAGAAAAAAAAAUAGGGAAGAAGAUAUAUACAUAUCCACCCUCCAUUAUAAACAUCACUCCUGGCCUCUUCCAAAAAAAAAUCAAAUUUAGCAACUGGAAAUCCCAUCUGGAAGAAAAUACGCAUCUGGGUUUCCCUCCACUUCGAUGCUGAGGAUUUUAGAGGAGGAUCCUCGGAGCUCUUGAGGGAACUUGGAAGACUCCGCUUAAACUCUUCCCCCCCCCUUUCCCCCCACCUCCAGCAGAAAGAAGGGGAAAAUUGUAUUUGGGGAAGGGGAGGUUGGCCAGUCAAGGAUAACACCACCUUCUUGGGACAAACCACCACCUCCUGGAGACCAGAAAGUUUCCCUUCCUCCUCCCCUUCCAAUGGCUUGAUUUUUUUAUUAUUAUUUCUGGAGUGGAAAUAGAAGCAAAAACGACCUUUUUGCAUCUCCAACUCUUGAGAAGAAACGAGGAAAGGACUUCUCACCGUCUCUUCUCUAUCUCUGCCCCCCCCCCCGGUCUUUUCUUCACUCUAUAAAUCCGGUGUGACGAGGCGGGGGGGACAAGGCGCAAGAGAAAUUCCUGGAUUAUUUCCCACACACCCUACAGCCACUGGAUUAUUUGUGUAUCUUACUUCUGCCCCCACCCCACCCGCGUUUGCAGAUUGAAGAUCGUAAAUCUUUCUAUUUUUGCAAUCCCUUUGGAUCAAGUACCCCCAAUCUUUCUCCCCCGCCGCCGCCUUUUGCCCAGGAGGCUGUGAAAACUGAUCCCUCUCCACGAAGAUUUUUCUUUUGCACUUUUUUUUUUUUUAAAUUGCCUCUUCCUUCCUUUUAACCUCCCCGGGUUAUUUAUUCCUUUGCCUUACUUGUGCGCUCUCCCUCCCCUUGAUAUCUCCUCUCCCCGCAAUGUGUGUGUGAUUCUUUUUUUAAAAGGGGGGAGGGAAAAGGGCCGUUUUCCCUCGGUUGUGUUUCUCCCUCCCCUCUCGGUCGGCGUGUGUGUGUCUCUCGCUCGCUCGCUCUGUCUGUCUCUUUUCUUUCUUGUCGGAGGCUGUGGGAUAAUGGCGUGUGGGUUGUGGCUGUGAGGAUGAGUUCCUGCUUCGUGCCGAACGGGGCCAGCCUUGAGGAUUGCCAUUCCAACCUAUUCUGUUUGGCCGAUUUAACAGGGAUUAAAUGGAAACGUUACGUAUGGCAGGGUCCAACAUCUGCACCAAUCCUGUUCCCAGUGACCGAAGAAGACCCUAUCUUAAGCAGCUACAGUCGUUGCCUCAAAGCUGACGUCUUGAGUGUGUGGCGGAGAGACCAGAGGCCUGGGCGCAGAGAAUUGUGGAUAUUCUGGUGGGGCGAUGACCCCAAUUUUACUGACCUAAUUCAUCAUGACCUAACAGAUGAGGAAGACGGUGUAUGGGAGAAUGGGCUUUCCUACGAAUGUCGCACUCUGCUAUUCAAAGCAAUUCACAACCUGGUGGAAAGAUGUCUAAUGAACCGGAACUUUGUGCGCAUCGGGAAAUGGUUUGUGAAGCCUUACGAGAAAGAUGAGAAACCUAUAAAUAAAAGCGAACAUUUGUCCUGCUCCUUCACCUUCUUCUUGCACGGGGACAGCAAUGUUUGUACCAGUGUGGAAAUCAACCAGCACCAACCUGUGUACUUUGUUAGUGAAGAACAUCUCACCCUGGCCCAGCAGUCUAACAGCCCUUUUCAAGUUAUUCUAAGUCCCUUUGGAUUAAAUGGUACACUCACUGGACAGUCGUUCAAGUUGUCUGAUUCAGCUACGAAAAAACUGAUUGGGGAAUGGAAACAGUUCUAUCCUAUCACAUCCAACCUGAAGGAGGGAUUGGAGGAAAAGCAAGAAGAAAUGGAUUGGGAGGAUGACUCUCUCGCUGCUGUGGAAGUCCUUGUUGCUGGUGUUCGGAUGGUCUACCCGGCAUGCUUUGUUUUAGUUCCUCAGACAGACAUUCCUGUUCCUAGCACUGCUGGGUCAAGCAACUGCUUGGGUGUCCACCAAGUGCCUGCUUCCACAAGAGAUCCCGCCAUGUCCUCGGUCACUCUGACUCCACCUACGUCCCCAGAAGAGGUUCAAACAGUUGAUACUCGUUCAGCCCAGAAGUGGGUGAAGCUCCCUUCUAUUUCUGACAUAUUCAGCUCCGAAAGCAUUAGUCACCAUGGGGGCAAAAUCCCUCGGAAGCUGGCCAAUCAAGUGGUUGACAGAGUCUGGCAAGAAUGCAAUAUGAACAGAGCGCUGACCAAGAGGAAGUAUUCUGCUACAUCUAAUGGCGUAUGCGAAGAUGAGACAGUUGACAAAAUGUCAUUUUGGGAGUUUGUUGAAGCCACGCAGAGGACAAACUGCACUUGCUCAAGGUACAAAAGUCUCAAGCCAAGACUUGCAAUUCAGCAGGGGCCAGUGCCUCCUGUGGGCCAGCAACAGCAAGCAGCUCCAAAGCACAAGGCAAAUGAGAAGCAAGAGAAAGGAGAUAAGCCCCAGAAACGUCCUUUGACCCCAUUUCACCAUCGUGUUUCCAUCACUGAUGACAUUGCCAUGGAGGCGGACUCGGCCAAUCAGAGGCUUGUGAUUACCACGUCCGAUAACCAAGUGAGGUUUUCAAAUCUCAGAACUAAUGAUGUAGCAAAGACUCCUCAGAUGCAUGGCACUGAAAUGGCAAAUUCUCCCCAGCCACCUCCCCUUAGUCCUCACCCGUGUGAUGUUGCUGAUGAAGGGGCAACUAAAACUCCUUCCACUCCCCAGAGCCAGCAUUUCUAUCAGAUGCCAACUCCAGAUCCUUUAGUUCCUUCAAAAACAAUGGAAGACAGGAUAGAGGGCUUGUCUCAGACUUUCCCAGCUCAAUUCCCAGAAGUUAUAGAGCCCACAAUGUAUGUUGGUGCAGCGGUGAACUUGGAAGAAGAAGAUGCAGAUUCCACGUGGAAGUAUUACAAGGUUCCAAAGAAAAAGGACGUGAAUUUCUUGCCACCACAGCUCCCAAGUGAAAAGUUCAAGGAUGACCCUAUGGGAUUUGCAGGAUCAGACAACUUACCUUCAGCUACAGAGUUAAUGGUGCAAUGUAGAAAACCUUUAAAAGUCUCUGAUGAAUUGGUGCAGCAGUACCAGAGCAAGAACCAGUAUCUAGCAGCAAUAGUAGCUGACCAGGAACCUGAAAUGGAUCCAUAUGCAUUUGUUGAUGGAGAUGAAGAAUUCCCUUUUCCUGAUAAAAAGGACAGGCAGAACAGCGAGCGAGAAGCUGGGAAAAAGCACAAGGCUGAAGAUGGGACACCUAAUGUUGGAGAGGAUGCGAUGUCACUUUUUAGCCCCUCUGUCAAACAAGCAAUAGAUGCCCAGCGUAUUCCCCCUCACAAUCGCACAGCGUCAACUAGUUUGUUUCAUGAAAAUGACCUGGUUGUCUCUUACACUGACCUUGACAAUCUCUUCAACUCUGAUGAAGAUGAGCUAACACCUGGAUCUAAAAGAAUGCUGAAUGGAGCAGAUGACAAAUCCAACUGCAAAGAGUCAAAAGCAGGAAACUUGGACCCUUUGUCAUGCAUAAGCACUGCAGAUCUUCAUAAAAUGUACCCAACACCACCAUCCUUGGAGCAACACAUUAUGGGGUUUUCUCCCAUGAAUAUGAACAACAAGGAAUAUGGCAGCAUGGACACCACGCCUGGAGGGACUGUCUUAGAAGGAAAUGGCGCUACUGCUGGCGUUCAGUUCAGGAUUGAAGUAGAUGAGGGAUUCUGUAGCCCCAAACCCUCAGAAAUAAAGGAUUAUUCCUACGUUUAUAAGCCUGAGAACAGCCAAGCUUUUGUGGGGUGUUCCAUGUUUGCACCAUUGAAGACUCUACCAAGCCAGUGUCUCCAGCCCAUCAAGCUGCCGGAGGAGUGUGUUUACCGGCAGAGCUGGACUGUGGGCAAGCUGGAAUUGCUUCCUCCGGGGCCUGCAAUGCCAUUCAUCAAAGAAGGUGAUGGGAGCACUAUUGAUCAAGAAUACGGCCCUGCCUACACUCCACAAACACAUACGCCCUUUGGAAUGCCACCCAGCAGUGCCCCACCCAGUAACAGUGGGCCUGGCAUUCUCCCUUCGCCUUCCACCCCCCGUUUCCCAACUCCUCGGACACCAAGGACUCCAAGGACUCCCCGUGGGGCUGGUGGGCCAGCCAGUGCUCAAGGCUCAGUCAAAUAUGAGAAUUCGGACUUGUAUUCACCAGCGUCAACGCCAUCAACCUGCAGACCGCUAAAUUCUGUUGAGCCUCCCACUGUCCCUUCUAUCCCUGAGGCCCACAGUCUCUACGUCAACCUCAUCCUCUCUGAAUCGGUGAUGAACCUCUUCAAAGACUGUAACUUUGACAGCUGUUGCAUCUGCGUCUGCAACACAAACAUCAAAGGUGCCGAUGUUGGAGUUUACAUUCCAGAUCCAACACAAGAAGCCCAGUACAGGUGUACCUGUGGCUUCAGCGCAGUGAUGAACAGGAAGUUUGGAAACAACUCUGGAUUAUUCCUAGAGGAUGAGUUGGACAUCCUAGGCCGCGGCUCGGAAUGUGGCAAAGAUGUGGAGAAGCGCUUUGAGGCCCUCCGCACGGGCUCUGCUGAGCAUGGCGGGGGAUCGAAGGAGGCUGACAGGCUGCCUGAUGAGCUGAUACUCUUGCUGCAAGACCAGUGCACCAACCUGUUCUCGCCAUUUGGAGCGGCUGACCACGACCCCUUGCCAAAAGCUGGAGCCAUCGGCAACCUGGUACGCGCUGAGGAAAGGGAUUGUUGUAAUGACUGCUACCUUGCGCUGGAACAUGGGCGCCAGUUUAUGGACAACAUGUCGGGAGGGAAAGUUGAUGAAGCACUUGUGAAGAGUACUUGCUUGCACCAUUGGUCAAAACAAAAUGUUGGAGACGUGAGCAUGCAAUGUUCUCAGGACAUCCUUCGCAUGCUGCUCUCACUUCAGCCUGUCCUCCAGGAUGCAAUUCAGAAAAAACGAACCGUUCGCUCUUGGGGAGUGCAGGGUCCUCUCACGUGGCAGCAGUUUCACAAAAUGGCUGGCCGAGGCACUUACGGAACUGAUGAGUCUCCAGAACCACUGCCCAUUCCAACUUUUUUGUUGGGAUACGAUUACGACUUCCUGGUGCUGUCCCCAUUUGCCUUACCGUACUGGGAGAGGCUGAUGUUGGAACCCUAUGGAUCUCAGAGAGACAUUGCUUACGUUGUGGUGUGUCCAGAGAAUGAAGCGCUGCUGAACGGAGCAAAGACCUUCUUUCGGGAUCUCACGGCAAUAUAUGAGUCCUGCAGGCUUGGCCAGCAUCGACCCAUCUGUAAACUGUUGCCUGACGGGAUCAUGAGAGUCGGAUCUGCUGCUUCAACCAAACUUUCUGAGAAGUCUGUUGCUGAGUGGUUCUCCCAGGCAGCUCACGCCAACAGCGAAUCAUUUUCUAGACUCAAACUGUACGCUCAAGUCUGCAGAUAUGAUUUGGGUCCUUACCUUGCUACACAGCCAUUGGACAAUUCCUUGCUUUCUCAGUCCAGCCUAGUUCCUCCCACCAGCCAUCCUACAUCAGUCCCGCCUCAGGUUGGAGGCAGCUCUACUCCAUCAUCCACCCCUUCGUCUGCUCCCAGUAAUGCUGUCCCAAUGAACUCAAACAGUGCCAUCACCUCUGCCACUACCACGGCCAGUUCCACCAUGACCACGACUGCCACUUCAUCCUCCUCUUCCAGUUCAGGCGGUGGGAUUUCAGCGAACAAACCUUCAUCCUUUCCACCUUUUGGCAGCAUGAACAACACUACUACUCCUUCCUCCCUCUCCACGCAGUCUGCAACAGUCCAGAACGGGCAGGCGGGGACGCAGCAGCAACAACCGCCAUCCGCAGCGAUACCGGGGGAAGCCCCAUCAGUCCCUCCACAGCCGCACUCAGAAGUUUCAGAAAGCACUAUGGACCGCGACAAAGUGGGAGUCCCCACUGACGGCGAUUCCCACGCAGUCACCUACCCACCUGCCAUUGUAGUUUACAUUGUUGACCCUUUCUCGUAUGAGAAGAAAGAGGAGGGCAACUCCUCCAGCGUGUGGACUCUGGGUCUUCUCCGUUGCUUUCUUGAAAUGAUCCAAAAUCUCCCUACUAACAUCAGAAACAUCGUUUCUGUUCAGCUUGUUCCUUGUCAAUAUCUGUUACAACCAGUCAAGAAUGAAGACAGGCAGAUCUACACUCAGCAUCUAAAAUCGCUGGCAUUCUCCGCCUUCACGCAAUGCCGGAGGCCACUCCCAACGUCGACCAAUGUGAAAACAUUAACUGGGUUUGGCCCAGGUUUGGCAAUGGAGAUGGCGCUCAGGAGUCCAGAAAGACCAGAGUGUAUUAAGCUGUAUGCCCCUCCUUUCAUAUUGGCUCCUGUCAAAGAUAAACAGACAGAGCUGGGAGAAACCUUUGGAGAGGCUGGGCAGAAAUACAAUGUGCUUUUCGUGGGCUACUGUCUCUCUCAUGAUCAAAGGUGGCUUCUUGCAUCGUGCACAGAUUUAUAUGGAGAACUAUUGGAAACCUGCAUUAUCAACAUUGAUGUACCUAACAGGGCUCGUAGGAAAAAGGGGUCUGCUCGCAGACUUGGUCUUCAGAAACUCUGGGAAUGGUGCCUGGGGCUUGUGCAGAUGAGUUCGUUGCCUUGGAGAGUUGUAAUAGGACGUCUUGGAAGAAUAGGCCACGGGGAGCUAAAAGACUGGAGUUGCUUGCUGAGUCGCCGAAAUCUGCAGUCACUUAGCAAGAGGCUGAAAGACAUGUGCAGGAUGUGUGGCAUCUCCACUGCCGAUUCUCCCAGCAUUCUCAGCGCCUGCUUAGUGGCAGUAGAACCGCAGGGAUCCUUUGUCAUCAUGCCAGAUUCGGUAUCAACUGGCUCAGUGUUUGGGCGCAGCACCACCCUAAAUAUGCAGACAUCCCAACUAAACACCCCGCAGGAUACGUCGUGCACUCAUAUACUUGUGUUUCCCACGUCUGCAUCUGUGCAAGUAGCAUCAUCAACUUAUACCACUGAAACUGGUUUGGAUCUGGCCUUUAAUACAAACAAUGAUGGAGCAGAUGGAAUGGGGCUCUUUGAUUUGUUAGACACUGGAGAUCCUGAUAUUGAUCCUGAUAUUAUAAACAUCCUCCCUGCAUCCCCUACCGGGUCCCCUGUACACUCACCAAGUUCCCACUUCACCCAUGGAGGUGACAUGGGGAAGGGUCAAGGUACAGAUCGCUUGCUCUCAACGGAGUCUCACGACGAAGUCACCAACAUCCUACAGCAACCGCUGGCCCUUGGUUACUUUGUCUCAACUGCCAAAGCAGGUCCGUUGCCUGACUGGUUUUGGUCGGCGUGUCCUCAAGCACAAAAUCAGUGUCCCCUGUUUCUUAAGGCUUCUCUGCACCUCCAUGUGCCUUCAGUGCAAUCGGACGAGCUACUUCACAGUAAACACUCCCACCCUCUUGACUCGAAUCAAACUUCCGAUGUCCUCAGGUUUGUGUUGGAACAGUACAACGCACUUUCCUGGCUAACCUGUGAUCCUGCGACUCAGGACCGGCGGUCGUGUCUCCCAGUUCACUUUGUGGUGCUGAAUCAGUUGUAUAACUUUAUCAUGAAUAUGCUGUGAUCUUUAUCUGAACUGGGCAAGGAGAAGAAAAACACAACAACCAGAGUAACAACAAAAAGGGAAAGGAUUAUUUCGCUGCAGGACUAAGUUAAUUAUUCUCUGUGCAAGUCAUUUUUUUGUGAUUUGAGGGAGGGGAAUGUCAUUUUUGGUCACUUCCAGCAACUAUUUGGUUUUGACUUGCGGUGGGGACUGCAUAACCCAGGUGUUUAAUUCUCCAUCUGCCCCCUGCUUUUGUUGGUGUUUUGCCUAUACCAGACUGAUUGGAGUGAUGAAUUGAUCAGUCGAAAUGUAUUAUAACACAUCUUUUUAGUAGCAAAGUAACCAUUCUCUCUCUCCCCCAAUCCCAUCCCAUCACAGUAUUUGUGAAGAGUAUAUGAGCCAUAGGCCCCAGCCAUGUUUAAUGAAUAUUUUAAAAAGUAUGAGCAUGGAGACAAUAAGAAGACAAACGAGGAAGGAAAAAAACAGAAUUUGUCGAAUGCUUUUGGAACACUGCAAUGUUCUUGUAUCGGAUUAUAGUACCUAGUAUUCAAAAAAAAAAAAAUGCCUGCAUCUCUUAUUUAUUGUAAGUUUUUAAAUGUAUAAAUUGUCUUAUAUUUCUUAACCUCUUUUAUAAAAAAAAUUUUCCUAGAAGGUUUAUACCGCCUUCUUGCUUUAAAGCAAUUGGUCUAAAAAUAUAUAUGUAAUCGUCUUAAUUGAAAGUUGAGGUAGGUUUGCUUUUAGAGUAUUAUUUUUUUGUAAGGGGGGGGUUGAGGGUAUGGGGACAGUAAAAUUUGUAUUUGGUCUUGAUGUACAGUUUAAUGGGGGAAUAUAGGAGUUGGGGCGGGAGGGAUAUAAAUGUCCAUGCCAUUGUGUGUGGGAGAUUUACAGCUAAGCUGUAGUUGCAGAUUAUACGUGUACAGUAAUGAAGUUCACUGUGUUUAUAUAAAAUCGAAGAGAGAAAAAAAGGUACCGGGUCUUACAGCAAUUUUAUAUCACACCUUUGCAGAGUUAACAUAAUGGCAAUAUAUUAAAAGAAGUGAUAUUGUUAGGUGGUUUAACUUGUAGUGAGAAUUUAAAAAAAGAAUAAUAAUAAUAUUAAUAAUAAUAAUAAUAAAUUGUUUUAAUUUUUUUUUGUAUUUUUGUUGAGGGCCGAGACUAGUUUUUUCAGGCCUCUUCCCAUUUUUCAAGCAAGGAAGGGUGUGCUUGCUGCAAGGACCUCCUGCUCUUCCACCUGUGCGUUUUAGCCAAGAGAGAAUCUGUGUCACCCGAUGAAAUCGCGACACUUUCUUCUUCUUCUUCCUUUUAAAAAUGCCCUUCCCUUCAGUGAAGCUGUGUCACUUUCAUCUUCCAAGUAUUUUGGGGUUCAUCACUAGGAUCCCAUUCAACCUUCUCCAUGUUUGGAUUAAAUUACCAUGAAACUGCAGCCACUGCUACCCUUGCUGUCCUCCUUUUAUGGUUUGGAAUUUUAGCCCAACUUUAGCUACUUUAUACAUACUUCUUUGGGGAAAAAAACCACAAUAAGGAAAACCCAAUCAGUUUUGAUUCUAAGCUUUGAUAUGCAUAUGAAUUGGAAUAUGGUGUAAAUAGGUUCUCAGUGAAUUCUGGUGUUUGAACUUGAUUCCACUAAUGAGAGAACAACCUCCUUUCUUUUGCUCUCUCUCCCACUCCCCCUUUCUCAGGCCUCUCGAUCUAAUCUUCUUAUUGGUUUUGACACUCUGUAAUGGAAGUUUCAGGCUCCCCUUUUGAAACAGACAUCCAGGUUCCAGCAUGGUAAAACGCCAAGGGAACGGGCAUGAACUGCGCCACUCCCACCUCUUCCUCCCUUCUGCCUGUGAACCCGAUGGCUUCGUCUUCCUCCUCCACCCAUGUUUCCAGUCUUGAGUUGCUUCCUUGCCUUUCUGGAGGCAACAUUUUGUGAUCCCUCCCCUUUUCAUAUCUGCACGCUGCCGCUUUCAGAAUUACUGUGUCCAUUCAAUUGAAGGUCUUCCGCCAUGCAAGGUUUGCCCUGAGGCUGUUUCCAUCCACAAAUACUGAAUCUGGACAUUAUUUUGCAGGUUGUGUUAAGGCACUCGUGGAAACAGCAGCGGCAGCCACGUCUGCAGGUAUGUGGGACCCUUAGGAAAGUUGUUCCCACCACCAGCCACCUGCUGCUGCUCAGCUUCGCUUUUUGAGGUUUGGUGAGCAAUGGUGCAGACUUGUUGAGGAAGCCUUGUUAAUAGCAAAGGUCACCAACUUGUCAGGCAAAAUGGCUCACGGACCCUGUUUUAUAGUGCAGGCCUAACCAUGUCUACUCAGAAGUAAGUCCUAUUGAAUUCAGUGAGGCUUACUCCCAGGUAAGGGGGUUAGGAUUGCAGCCCUAGUAGCCCAAGUCUUCAACCCCCCUCAUAAUACCCAGUUUCUUUCUUUCCAAAGUACUGCAAUUGCAAGUAUUCAGGAUAUUUUUGAAAUCAUGUGAAGUAUGUACAACCUAUUUAGACCUGAAAGCAUUUCUUUUUCUGUGAAAAAAACAAAACUUUGAAUUUCUUAUUAGAGUAUAUCAGUGGUGGCGGCAGCAAGCACUUGUAGCAACGUUUCUUGGUGUGCAACUUAAGUAGAAUUGAUGAAGAUUUCCUGUUCCUCUGAAAAUUUUACAGAAUGCUGACUGAAAAACCACCUAUUUUGUUGCAAGAUGAGAGUGAUUAACAUUUCGAUGUGCUCAUAAUACUAUAUGAUGAUGUAAGUGCAGGUAUUAAAAUGAUCUGCAUCUCUUUUAUCCCUGGGGUGAGCUUUUUGAAGUAAAACAUGGCCCCCUAAAUUAGGAAUUGAUGUUUAAAGUAAGUGCAACAUAGUCACAGACAAAUUUUAAAUAUUUGGGGUUGCAUUUUACAUUUCUGCUGUUUAUUGCAUUGCAUUUUCUCUCUGUGUACACCUGUAUUUGAUAUUCAAGUAUCUGUUAACGGCAGAUACUCUCCAGAUGUUUCCACCUCCCUAAAGAGUGGUGCUAAAAUUAUUUGCCUAGAGCAGAAUAUGAGUCAGCCAGCAUUAAGUACUUUCCAAGCCUCAUGGGAGUUCAGUCGGAGAGCUUUAAAUGUGUGCUUAAACUUCCCCACUUAAACCAGUGGAACUUAAAUGCACUUUGGCUGGACCAUGACUUUGGGUGUAGCACUGAGAUUGCACAGAAGUCCUCAAAACUCCAGAAUGGACUGUGUGUGGUUGACUAGGGAGCCAAGUUCAUGGUAGGUCCAUUUCAGGAAGAUCAGGUUGCCCAGAGAUUCUGCCAUUUACCUGUUUAAAUGAUCAUCGCACGGUGGUGGGACAAUUGGCCUUAAGGAAUAAGAUGCCAGUAGAAAUCAGAUUUAAAGUAAUUGCCAUGGAAGCAUCCAAGGGAUGUUGGGGUUAGGGUUAGCUGUUGAUGGACCUGUCUGGACUCAAGUAAAUGGCAGAGGAAAGAAGUUUGAACAGCUGGAAACAGUUUAUCGUGAAUAAAUCCCCAGCACAUUUCGGGUUAAAACUAUCAAAGCACAACCCCACGUGGCAUUAUCUUGUACCUAUGGAAAGGUUAUUUAACUUUAUUCUCACUGAGCUAUAGUAUUGCUUCGUAAUAAAUAGUUCUUCCUUAUAAGCCAUCCAAAGGCUUCUGCCUCAAUUUUCUUUUUGUCCCAUACAGGCUACACAAUGCUUUGAGGAUUUCUGUGUGAAUCCAUUUGAAAUGCUGAGAUUUCUGUGUCAUUUUGUUAAGGCUCACAACUGGUGUUCCGGCUUGCAAAACACUAAAUAGCAGAACUGCCAAAUCACCUUGGUGUAGGACUACCCCGAUUUUGGAUGCUGUCUUAUCUUGCAAAUGAAAGUAAUGCUUGGGUCAGAGUGCCACCUGCCAGAGCUUGCCAAGAUCUAAAACUCACAGUUUUCUGUCUCUGUCUCUUUCUGUGUCUCUGUCUCUCCCCCUCCCUAGACAGAAAAGAGAAAAUUCAUUUUGAGCUAAAACAUAGAAAGGAUUGGAAUGUUUUUCAAAAAGGCUAGGAGGUUGAAACAUGGGCAUCUAUCUUUCCAUUUGUGGACAGCUUUAAAUUGAUGAAAUGGCCAAGGUUGGGAAAGCCUCGCAGGCCUCAUUGACUUCUUAAUUCAUUAGUAGUGCUGAUUUAUCAAUUCACAGGGCAUGUGCAUACUUCACUUGGAUGGUCAGAAGGCAGCUGAGGUGGUAGCAUUUCUGCAAAUACCUAGCCAGCGUGAGCUAUAACUUCUGUUCAAAUUGCUUGGUUUCCACAGUUGUGGCCUUAGAUGCACACCCUUUUCUGCAAGUGGUUUCUUAAACCUCUCAUCUUACACAUCCAUCUGUAUGGCACAGUUAACUUACUCCUUUUUUUGUAUUUGUCUGCUCUUGGUAACUUAUUUUUCAAAGCCCUGCAUUAUUACAGAAAGCUCACAGGUGUGUUUAAUGAAGCAUAUUUUGUCUUUACUGCAAUAUCAAAAUGUGUUACUGGAAAACACUCGGAUUUUGAUCCUAUUCAAACUGCCCUUGUGCCCUGCAACUAGCUUUGGCACAGACUAUUAUUUUGUUAAUUCUUAGCCAUGUAUGCAGACAGCAUUGCUUUGGGCUGGGUUUUCCUUCUUGUCAGCUUGCUUUGUCAAUUAGGCCAAUUCUGCUAUUAGCUGUCCUGACACAAAAUAAAUAUAUAAUAAUAAAAAUAAAUUUCUCAAGAUGACAAAAUGUUAUCACCUUUGAAAAUAAUUUCAGUCUAAGGAUCCCAAAUCACAUGUAGAAAAUACCCUUUUCUUUGCAUCUGUUUCUAAAGGAGUAAAAUUUCACUUUGAAAAAGUUAAUCCUCAGGGUCAAACUUUUCAGGAAAGUUUUAGUGUAUAAUUAGUAGGUUUUCCAAAUAAACUGGAUUUGAGAACCUUGGAAACACUUACUUGCGUUUUAAAAGUUGUGGCAUCGUUACUGGACAUGUUGGUUUCAUAAAUGUUCUUUUAAAAAGCUGGGUCACUUUAACAGGGGGAGGAAGAGGAGAUUUCUUAAGUUCGUAUUCAGCAGUGACAUUUAAUGGUCCAAGUCUCUCUCUCUCUCUCUCUCUCUCUCUCUCUCUCUCUCUCUCUCUCUCUCUCUCUCUCUUUAUUUAACAUUAUGAUAACAAAAAAUACAAUAAAAAUAAGGAACAAACACUAUUGUUGCAGAAUGCCAUGAACACUGAGUUGUACAAAUUGUGAUUGAGGAAAUGGAAAAAGGUUUAUACUUUUUAAAAAAAAUUCAAAUGGAAUAAAUUAUUCAUGAAGCCUUC